AUGCCGCUUCACCCUUUGACAGCAACAAUCACUCUCCAUCAAAGCGUUCCCUCCCCCGCUGCCACAGCUUCGCCGUCAAACGUUGACACAGCUCUCUCUCAAGCUCAAGCUCUCUCAAGCUCUCUCAAACUCUCUCUCUCAAGCUCUCUCAAACUCUCUCAAACUCUCUCAAGCUCUUUCUCUCAAGCUCUUUCUCUCAAGCUCUCUCAAGCUCUCGCUCUCAAGCUCUCUCUCUCUCAAGCUCUCUCAAAAUCUCUCUCUCCCUCUAACUCUCUCUCUCUGAAACUCUCUCUUCUCUCUGAAACUCUCUCUCUCUCUCUGAAACUCUCUCUCUCUUAG